UGAAAGAGGCCAGAAUUAUUUCAAAUAUGUCACAAUGAGCAGUGAACCUGUCUGAAUCAGGAAACAUGUACUGAAAAUUGUGAUUUCAUAAAGCCAUAUUCCCCUUUUAGAAUAUCAGCUUCAGACAAAAAAAUCGAAUGUGGUAAGCUCAAUACUUGAAUGAAAUUCAGGGUCUUUUCUGUCCUCAUCAGACUCAGUUUUGUGCAGUGAUUUAGUAUUUGUCUUGGUGUUUUGUACAGGAACAGUCAUGGGAUGUGGCGUCACAAAGUCUGACCAGUUCCACAAACACUCUGGAAAAGCCGUCACAACUAUAAGAGCUGCAGUCCUGAUCCAGCGAUGGUACCGUCAGUACGUAGCCCGUACGGAGAUGAGACGGAGAUACACCUGGCACAUCUUCCAGUCCAUUGAAUACUCUGGAGAACAGGCUCAGAUAAAGCUCUACAAUUUCCUCGGCUACCUCAUGGACAACUUCACGCCAUCAAGCAAUGAACGAAAUCUGAUCUCGCACAUCUUCAGAGAGAACGAGGUCUGUCAGGAUGCAGAGUGGGAGAGGUACUUCUGCUACAAGAACAUCGAGGUGCCGGAGAUUUACUCAGGACCUCAUCUCACCUUCCCUCUGACAGUGGAGCAGACGGUCGGACUGGUGGAGGCCUUCAGGAACAAGAAGCAGCUGCACUCACGCUACGUCCUCCAGCUCCUGCUGGAGACCUGGAAACGGCUCCGGAUGUUGCCAAAUAUCAACCGCAUCUCCACCUGCCAGAGCAAAGAAAUCACUAUUUGUGGUGAUUUGCACGGCCAGCUCGAAGACCUGCUGCUCAUCUUCUACAAGAAUGGCAUGCCGUCCUUGGAGAAGCCCUAUGUGUUUAACGGAGACUUUGUGGACCGGGGCAGAGACUCCAUUGAGAUCCUUCUCAUCCUGUUUUCAUUCCUGCUCGUCUAUCCGAGUGACGUCUACCUCAACAGAGGAAACCACGAGGAUCAUAUAGUCAACCUGAGAUACGGCUUCACAAAGGAGGUGUUGACUAAAUACAAGAUGCAUGGCAAACGGAUCCUGAAGCUGCUGCAGAAGAUUUUCAGCUGGUUGCCCUUAGCGACAGUGAUCGACCAGAAGGUACUGGUUCUCCACGGAGGGAUCUCAGACACCACAGACCUCAGCGUCCUCGCCAGAGUGGACAGACACAAUUAUGUCUCAGCACUGAGGCCUCCAAAGAGGAGGCACAUGAGCUCGGCGGGGGUGUCCAUCGACUCGGACAUGGACGAGGAUGUCUGUUCCACCAACAAGCUCUUCCAGCGCAGGGCCUCCCUCACAUAUCCCAAACCUCUGGGAACCCGCGACAGCUUCCAGAACCGCUCCCUGCAGGACUUCUCUGACCGGCUCAAAGCGAACACGGAGGACGAGCUGGAGAUCCGCAGGAGGAGACAGUCCAUUUUCAACUCUGGGAUCAACAGAUUAGAAAACAACAUGAGUCCGUCUGUGUCCUCUGACUCUGUCAACAGUGACAAUGCCAAAGAGGAGUGGAGACAGAUCCUGGACCUACUGUGGAGCGACCCGAUGACCCAGGACGGCUGCAUGCCCAACGAAGUGCGGGGCGGAGGCUGCUACUGGGGCCCCGACGUCACAGAGGACUUCCUGAACAGACACAACCUGCAGCUCAUCAUCCGCUCUCAUGAGUGUAAACAGGACGGUUACGAAUUUUGCCACAACCGUAAAGUCCUCACUCUGUUCUCCGCCUCCAAUUACUAUGACGUGGGAAGCAACAGGGGCGCCUACGUGAAGCUGGGUCCAGACCUUGUGCCUUAUAUGAUUCAGUACCAGGCCAGCAGCAUGACUAGAGAGCUCACUGUUCGACAAAGUGUUGGGCGAACUGAGCGCUCAGCCCUCAAAGUCCUGCGGGAGCAGCUGUUUGCGCACAGGUCUGACCUCAUCUGUGCCUUCAAAAAGUUCGACAGCAACAACACAGGUCUCGUGUCUCUGACUGACUGGGCCUCUGCGGUGGAGAGUGUGAUGCGCCUCGGUCUGCCCUGGCGGAUGCUGCGCUAUCAGCUGGUCACCUGCAAGACCAGUGAUGGCAUGAUAGACUACUAUGACUGGUUCAAUGAGCUCGCCAUCAAAGGACCCAACACGGAUCACAUUGACCAGAGUCUGCUCGAGACUUUGUAUCGCCACCGCUCCACCUUGGAGACCAUCUUCAGAAUCGUAGACACAGACAACUCAGGCUUCAUCACCAUCGAGGACUUCCGGCAGACCUGGAAGCUGCUGAGCGUCUACCUAAAGAUGGAGAUCACUGACGACGCCAUCUCAGACCUGGCUGUCACCAUCGACAGCAACCAGGACGGCAGCAUCGACAUAGAUGAGUUCAUGGAGGCCUUCCGCCUCACGGACAAGAAGAGCCGACUGGAGCGAGGGCGCAGCAUGUUCAUGGGCACAGCCAACGACCUCACCAAGCUGGAAGGGGACCCCAACAUUUGAGUGGAGACCAAAAGACUGUAAACAGAGAGUGACCUCGGCUCAGACUCCUCGCCAGCCGGGCAGCGUAGCAGAGGGGAGGGCGGGGAGAUGAAGCCAACACAAGCUGCUUUAAUGACGCACAUUUAGACGUAGGAUGCUGCUGAGCAACAGCCGUGUGGAUCGCAUGGGAUUAGGAGGAGGUUAGAGUUCAGGGCGUUCGACGGCGAAUGCUCAUUUCACUUUUUGACGCAGUUUUAUCCUACAGAGGAAGUGUGGAUGAAACACCACAGCAUGAACAGGAAUUUGUCUCUUUCAUUGAGUUAGAAUAGUUAGAAACUGUUGCAAAGGUAAAAUCACAAACACAGAAACAAAAAGGCACCAUAUUUAGGCUGCAUGAUUAUUAAAAUAACAAUAGUAGGUACUGUGGUCACAGUUAUUAUGAGGAUCUUUGCAUUUUAUAUCCAUGUCUGUCUAUAUUCUUAACAAAAGAAAAUGUUUUGAGUCAUGUGAAAAUGGACAAUAUUAAAAUGUUUAAAAAUUGUA